GCCAGAGCACUGGGUGCCCUUAACCGCUGAGCCCUGUUUCCCCAGAAGCUUGGUCUCCCAGAUCCCAGCAGAAUGGAGGUUUCUGAAGGCCAACCAGCAAGGGGAAAAGAGUUUGGAAACCAGUUCUAAGACCCGAGUCCUUGUACCAGGAGAUAGCUCAGGUGAUCUACGUUGGCGGAGCAGGAGGGCUGGCCGCCUCGUGCGCGGGCGGCCAAGCCCCGCAGUGGACGCGAGGUCCAGCUGCGCACCUGAGCCCCACCCUCGGUCCGCCCCCAGCGUGGAGGGGUGUGGCGUGGAGCGCCCCGGGAGGCCGCUGAGGAGGGGCCGCGGUCGUCCGUGCAGACUCCGCACCGCCGCCCGGGCUGGAGUCUGGCCCUUUAAGGGCGGCUCCCGAGGAGGUGCCAGGCCCGGUGGCUCCAAGCUCUCCUUCCUGGUCCUGCGGGGCCCGUGCCGGGUGAUCGCCCCGGUCACCCCGGCCUGGCAUGGCGCUGGUGACAGUGAGUCGCUCGCCCCCGGCCAGCGGCCGGUCCACGCCGGUGGGGCCCACGGACCGGGUGGUCAGGCGCAGAGGCCGGCUUCAGCGCAGGCAAAGCUUUGCAGUGCUCCGAGGGGCUGUCCUGGGACUACAGGAUGGAGGGGAUAGUGAGGAUGCAACUGAGGCCAACUCUGAGCCAGUGGAGGAACCCUCGGGUGAGGAGCAUCCUGCUGAGGACCAGACAGACAGUAGGCAAGAACUCCAGAGUCCCCGGAAACAGGUGCAAACACAGCACCUGCACCACAUGGUAGAGUUGCUGAGGCCACAGGACGACAUCCGUCUGGCAGCACAGCUGGAGGCAGCCAGGCCCCCACGGCUCCGCUACCUGCUGGUGGUGUCCACCCGAGACUGUCUGAAUCAGGAAGAGACUGUCCUCCUGGGUGUAGACUUCCCUGACAGCAGCUCCUCCAGCUGCACCCUGGGCCUGGUCUUGCCCCUCUGGAGUGACACCCAGGUGUACCUAGAUGGCGAUGGGGGCUUCAGUGUGACAUCUGGUGGGCAGAGCCGAAUCUUUAAGCCUAUCUCCAUCCAGACCAUGUGGGCCACACUUCAGGUAUUACACCAGGCAUGUGAGGCGGCUCUAAGCAGUGGCCUUGUGCCUGGUGGCAAUACCCUUGCCUGGGCUGCCCACUACCAGGAGAGACUGAACUCUGAGCAGAGUUGCCUCAACGAGUGGAUGGCCAUGUCUGACCUGGAGUCCUUGCGCCCUCCUGGUGCUGAGCCUGGACAGCCCUCCGAACAGGAGCAGAUGGAACAGGCAAUCCGGGCUGAGUUGUGGCAGGUGUUGGACACCAGUGAUCUGGAGAGUGUCACUUCCAAAGAGAUUCGCCAGGCCCUGGAACUGCGCCUAGGAUGCCCUCUCCAGCAGUACCGUGACUUCAUUGAUAACCAGAUGUUGCUGGUCAUGGCCCAGCAAGACCGGGCCUCCCGCAUCUUCCCCCACCUCUAUUUGGGCUCCGAGUGGAACGCUGCCAACCUGGAGGAGCUGCAGAGAAACAGGGUAAGCCACAUCUUGAACAUGGCGCGGGAGAUUGACAACUUCUUCCCUGAGCGCUUCACUUACCACAACGUGCGCCUUUGGGAUGAGGAGUCCGCACAGCUGCUACCCCACUGGAAGGAGACGCACCGCUUCAUCGAGGAUGCCAGAGCACAGGGCACUCGGGUGCUAGUCCACUGUAAGAUGGGUGUCAGCCGUUCGGCUGCCACAGUGCUGGCCUAUGCCAUGAAGCAGUACAGCUGGGGCCUGGAGCAGGCCCUGCUCCACGUGCAGGAGCUGCGGCCCAUUGUGCGCCCCAACCCUGGCUUCCUGCGCCAGCUGCAGACCUACCAGGGCAUUCUGACUGCCAGCCGGCAGAGCCAUGUCUGGGAGCAGAAAGUGGGUGGGGUCUCCCCAGAGGAACCCCUGGCCCCUGAAGUCUCUACACCGUUUCCACCUCUUCCACCAGAACCAGGGGGUGGUGGGGAGACGAUGGUUGUGGGCUUGGAGGAAAGCCAGGCAACACCAAAGGAAGAACCUGGGCUACGGCCCCGCAUCAACCUCCGAGGAGUCAUGCGCUCUAUCAGUCUCCUGGAGCCCUCCUCAGAGCCUGAGAGUACCUCAGAGGCUGGAGACCUGCCAGAGGUUUUCUCUUCCCAUGAGUCUUCAGAUGAAGAAACCCCACAUCCCUUCCCUCAGCAAUCAAGGGCCACAGGUGGCCAGCAUGUUCGAAAGGGGCCUUGGCCUGCCCUGAAGUCUCGCCAGUCUAUUGUCGCCCUCCAGCACGCUGCUCUAGUGGCCGGCAGGACCCGGGCCUUCCAGGAGCAGGGGCAGGGGGAGGGACAGGUGGAGAGGCAGGAGGAAGCUGGUAUGUCCUCUCCAUCUAGGCAUCCAAAGGUGGUGAGGCAGGCCAGUGUGGAUGACAGCAGAGAGGACGGAGAGGUCUAAGCCCUUACAGGUACCACGUCCCACUAGACACUAAGUAGAGACUGGCCACAGCUCCUCAGAUAAGCACCCCUUGUACUUAUGUGCCUGAAUAUUCCCCCAUAGUUUCUCCCCAGCUGUCACCAGACUCCAUCACCCCAGCCUCCUCCCCUGAAGCCUUAGGUCUCAGGCCCAUGUCUACCUGCCAAGAGCUCAAGACUUUAUACAGAUGUGGGUAGAGCCACUCAAGGUGCCUUUGAGGGUGACAUCACCCUCGUUUCAUUUCCAGGUCACACUCUAACAGGUUCAUGCAGCCAUGGAAUUAAAACCAGAGCUUUUCAGGGCAGGUUUCCCCUGGCAGUCUACUCCGUUCCUCCCACCCUUUUCCAUUGUAACCCUAAAGGCAGCUAGGCCAGGGAAGCAGUGGCCACAAAGUACCCUCGGUCCCUAGUCCCAAAGGCUCUGAGGGGGCUCACAGCCUCCCCCCUUUGCCCCCCAGAUACCUGAAUGGAGUCUCUGCUGCUGCCCUCAGUACCCCCUUGCCUCUCACUGGGUCACAGAGCACUGGGCCAAAGAAAGCCUUCUUGUCCCUGAAGCUCUCUAGCCAGUCAAGUUUUUUAGUCUUACAGUAUCUGGCUUUGUACUGGGAAAUAAAGGAUUUUCAUAUGUCACUUUC